AUGUCGAUGGCAACUUUCAGUGGAAAACGGUACUUCGUGACAUUCAUCGAUGACAAGUCAAGAUACUGUGUCGUCUAUCUGCUCAAGAGCAAAUCUGAAGUUGCGGCGAAGUUCAUGGAAUACGCUGCGAUGGCCGAAACGCAAACCGGAAAGCGCGUGAAGUACCUUCAAAGCGACAAUGGGGGUGAAUACAAGUCCGACAAGCUGGCACGAUUCUGCGCGGAACGGGGAAUACAACAAAGGUUCACACCCCCAUAUACUCCUCAGCUAAACGGAGUAGCUGAGAGAAUGAAUCGCACGCUGGUCGAGUGUGCGCGUUGCAUGAUGGAACACGCUGGACUGGGAAAGAGCUACUGGGGUGAAGCAGUGAUGACGGCGAUGUUUCUUCGAAACCGCUGUCCAACACGUGCCAUUCACCAAGACAAGUCUCCAUAUCAAGUGUGGACGAUGAAGAAACCGAUUCUGGCCAACCUUAAAGUGUUUGGAUGCCACGCGUAUUUUCAAGUGCCUCAAGACAAACGCGCGAAGUUCGACUCCAAGUCAUCACUCUGUCGUUUCCUGGGAUACGCCGAACACCAGAAGUCAUAUCGAUUUGAGGAAGUGUCAACAGGAGCGAUCAAGAUCAGUCGCGAUGCCACAUUCAUGGAAGACAAGUUUGAUGAAGGUCCGCGCAACUACAACGAUGAGUCAAGUGCCGUUGAGUUUGAUGAUCAAGACGAGGACGAAGAAAAAGAAGAAGGUAAAACUGACGACGACAUGGACUCGAGCGACGAUGACAACGAAGACACCAGGUCUUCAAAGAGCAACAUCAAGAGACACACGCGCACUCAAUCACUUGAGAAAGCUACCGUCAUUCCAAGUCCCAAGCGAAGAACGUACAGAGGUCCGUCGCUUGAGCAUGUGUCAGCGGCUGCAAUGGAUUUUGAAGCAGCCUACAUCGUUGAUUCAGUGGGGGAAACGCCGACUACAUUCAAGUCGGCGAUGGAAUCAAGCGACUCCGGCAAGUGGAAAGAAGCGUGUGACUCGGAGUUCGACUCGCUUCAGAGAAACGACACGUGGGAAAUCGUGCCUCUUCCGAAAGGUCGCAAGGCCAUCGGGUGCCGAUGGGUUUUUCGUGUAAAGGAGAAUCAAGAUGGCGAAGUUGAACGUUUCAAGGCAAGACUUGUGGCCAAAGGAUUCUCACAGAAAUUCGGAGUCGACUACGAAAAAACUUUCGCACAGGUGGCCAAGUUCACAUCGAUUCGUGUGGUGCUCAGUAUGGCGGCCAAGUACGGCCUAAUGCUACAUCAGAUGUGUUGA